CGCAGACUUUGCCCUCGCCUUAUCGUGGAAUAGAAGAUGAACUCAACUGAAUUCAGUGAAGAUGUAGAAGAAGUUCUGAAAAAUAACACUGUGAAAGUGGAGACGGAAACUGAGGAUGCUGCUCUGGACUGCUCAGUGAACUCCAGGUCUUCGGACAAGCACCCUCUGGACAGCGUCUUCACCACCCUCCAGGACGCCAGCAAGCGAAAGCAGCCGGGCAGCGAGGGCCAGCCAGACGCCGUCUCCAAUGUGAAGAGGCGGCGGCUGAUUCCUGAGGCGCUCCUGGCGGGCAUGAGGAACCGGGAGAACAGCUCACCCUGCCAGGGCAAUGGGGAGCAGGCCGGCAGGGGGAAGACCUUGGUCUCUGUGUGGCCGGGUGAGGAGGAGCCCUGCAAUGACGUGACCACCCCCUCCUACAAGAAGCCUCUGUAUGGCAUCUCACACAAGAUCAUGGAGAAGAAGAACCCUCCUGCGGGGGAUGUGCUCAGCACGUAUGAGCUCUUGGAGAAGGCCAACCCCAGCAACAGCCCCUCGCCGCUGCGGCUCCUAAACGAGACACAGAAGCGGGACGGUGGCAGUGCAGCCAUGACCACUGAUGGCGACCCCAACAUCUACUUUCUGAUCCAGAAGAUGUUCUACAUGCUCAACACACUCUCCUCCAACAUGUCCCAGCUGCACAGCAAGGUAGACCUGCUGUCCCUGGAGGUGAGCCGCAUCAAGAAGCAGGUGAGCCCCACGGAGAUGGUGGCCAAGUUCCAGCCGCCCCCCGAGUACCAGCUGACCCCUGCCGAGCUCAAGCAGAUCGUGGACCAGAGCCUGUCUGGCGGUGACCUGGCCUGCCGCCUGCUCGUGCAGCUGUUCCCCGAGCUCUUCAGUGACGUGGACUUCUCCCGCGGCUGCAGUGCCUGUGGCUUUGCGGCCAAGCGGAAGCUGGAGUCGCUGCACCUGCAGCUCAUCCGCAACUACGUGGAGGUUUACUACCCCUCGGUGAAGGAUACAGCCGUGUGGCAGGCCGAGUGCCUUCCCCAGCUCAACGACUUUUUCAGCCGCUUCUGGGCCCAGCGGGAAAUGGAGGACAGCCAGCCUGGGGGCCAGGUCGCCAGCUUCUUUGAGGCUGAGCAGGUGGACCCUGGCCACUUCCUGGACAACAAAGACCAAGAGGAGGCCCUGUCCUUGGAUCGGAGCAGCACCAUCGCCUCAGACCACGUGGUGGACACGCAGGACCUCACCGAGUUCCUGGACGAAGCCUCAUCACCAGGCGAGUUCGCAGUCUUCCUUCUGCACCGGCUUUUCCCGGAGCUCUUUGACCACCGGAAGCUGGGCGAGCAGUAUAGCUGCUACGGGGAUGGCAGCAAACAGGAGCUGGACCCGCAGAGGCUGCAGAUCAUCCGCAACUACACGGAGAUCUACUUCCCCGACAUGCAGGAGGAGGAGGCCUGGCUGCAGCAGUGUGCCCAGCGCAUCAACGACGAGCUGGAGGGGCUGGGGCUGGACGGGGGCAGUGAGGGCGAGCCCCCGCGGGACGACUGCUACGACUCCUCUAGCCUGCCCGACGACAUCUCCGUGGUCAAGGUGGAGGACAGCUUCGAGGGUGAGCGGCCCGGCCGGAGGUCCAAGAAGAUCUGGCUGGUGCCCAUCGACUUUGACAAGCUGGAGAUCCCCCAGCCCGACUUCGAGGUGCCGGGCGCCGACUGCCUGCUCAGCAAGGAGCAGCUGCGCAGCAUCUAUGAGAGCAGCCUGUCCAUCGGCAACUUCGCCUCGCGCCUGCUGGUCCACCUCUUCCCCGAGCUCUUCACGCACGAGAACCUGCGCAAACAGUACAACUGCAGCGGCUCCCUCGGCAAGAAGCAGCUGGACCCGUCCCGCAUCAAGCUCAUUCGCCACUACGUGCAGCUGCUCUACCCCCGGGCCAAGAACGACCGGGUCUGGACGCUGGAGUUUGUGGGCAAACUGGACGAGCGCUGCCGGCGCCGGGACACGGAGCAGAGGCGCUCCUACCAGCAGCAGCGGAAGGUCCACGUGCCGGGCCCCGAGUGCAGAGACCUGGCAAGCUAUGCAAUCAACCCCGAGAGGUUUCGGGAGGAAUUUGAGGGGCCUCCGCUGCCCCCCGAAAGAAGCAGCAAAGACUUCUGCAAGAUCCCUCUGGACGAGCUGGUGGUCCCCUCCCCCGACUUCCCGGUGCCUUCGCUGUACCUGCUGUCAGACAAGGAGGUGCGCGAGAUCGUGCAGCAGAGCCUGUCGGUGGGCAACUUCGCCGCCCGCCUCCUGGUCCGGCUCUUUCCCGAACUCUUCACCGCCGAGAACCUCCGCCUGCAGUACAACCACUCUGGGGCCUGCAACAAGAAGCAGCUGGACCCCACGCGGCUCAGGCUCAUCCGACACUACGUGGAGGCGGUGUACCCCGUGGAGAAGAUGGAGGAGGUGUGGCAUUACGAAUGUAUCCCUAGCAUCGACGAACGGUGCCGCCGCCCCAACAGGAAAAAAUGUGACAUCCUCAAGAAAGCCAAGAAAGUGGAGAAGUGA